AAUUAUGUUUCCCUCCUUCUCUCGCUCUCGCUCUCGCAGUCUCGCUUUUUAUUCUACCCUACUGGCUGCUGAGAGCUGAUACGUUACUCUCUCUCUCUCUCUCUCUCUCUCUCUCAAUGUGGAAUGACUGUUUCAGAUUCUUUGCUUUCCUUAAAUCUCCAAGUCUCCGAAAUCCUCCCCCCCUCUCCGAAUCCGAUUCCCAUUUGAAUAGGGGUAUAGAGUUUGAAACCAUUGCGGUCGAGUUUUGUGCUUCUCCUUCUUCUCGAGCAUGAGGGCAUGAAUUGAGGGCUCCGCUAUUGAUUUCGAUUGAUGAGUAUAACACUGAAACCGGGGUUUAGCACAUAACGAGAGGCGAAAGUUAAGAGAUAAUAUCGAUGGAGAAUUACGAGCUAGUGAAAGACAUAGGGUCUGGGAAGUUCGGAGUGGCCAGGCUAAUGCGGGACAAACAAACGAAAAAGCUCGUCGCCAUGAAAUACAUCGAGCGGGGACACAAGAUUGGUCAGAAUGUGGCGAGAGAAAUCAUAAACCACAGAUCGCUUUGCCAUCCAAACAUUAUUCGGUUCAAGGAGGUGGUUUUGACUCCUACCCAUCUGGCUAUCGUCAUGGAGUACGCCGCGGGUGGAGAGCUAUUUGAGCGAAUUUGUGCUGCCGGAAGGUUUAGCGAAGAUGAGGCGAGAUAUUUUUUCCAACAGCUCAUCUCUGGAGUGUGCUACUGCCAUUAUAUGCAAAUAUGCCAUAGAGAUUUGAAGCUGGAAAAUACCUUGCUGGAUGGAAACCCUGCUCCUCGCCUGAAGAUUUGUGAUUUUGGUUAUUCAAAGUCAUCUCUGCUACAUUCGAGCCCCAAAUCAACCGUUGGAACUCCAGCAUAUAUUGCACCUGAGGUUCUUUCACGGAAAGAGUAUGAUGGCAAGUUGGCGGAUGUAUGGUCAUGUGGAGUGACUCUUUAUGUUAUGCUAGCGGGAGUAUAUCCAUUUGAAGAUCCGCAAGACCCAAAGAAUCUCAGGAAAACUUUCAAUCGAACAAUAGCUGUUCAGUACAAGAUUCCAGACUAUGUUCACAUAUCUCAAGAUUGCAAACAACUUAUUUCUCGCAUUUUUGUUGCAAAUCCUCUAAAGAGGAUCACCAUUAACGAAAUCAAGAGCCACCCAUGGUUUUUGAAGAACUUGCCAAGGGAACUAACAGAGGCUGCUCAAGCCAUAUACUACAAGGAAGAGAACCCCUGCUUUUCCCUCCAAAGCGUGGAAGAUAUAAUGAAAAUUGUCAAUGAAGCCAAAGUUCCUCCCCCAUCUUAUGGAUCAAUCGGAGGCUUUGGUUGUGGAGGAGAAGAAGAUGGUGACAGCAAGGAAGAAGAUGUCAAUGAUGAGGAGGAAGAAGUUCAUUUCAGUUAAGGCUAAUCUAUUACUUCUUAAUUAUUUUAGGAAAGAAUUUUGGUUGUCGAGUCUCUCUCAAUUGCAGUAUGGUUUCUUGUUUGUAUGAAAGUCAGUUUUUUCUGCUUGGGACAUGCUCUUCUAUAAAUGUUUGUAAAUUUACAGUGUCGUGGUCAGUCUCUGCACAACCAGGAACUGAAUGUUACUCUGUCCAAGAACUAUUAUCUUGGAAACAACAUUAGGAUUGCUAAAUACCUUUGAGGAUUGCAAACCCUCCUCUUGAGGGUAUGGAGGGAAAAUGGGUUGUGUAGUAGUAAGGUUGUUAAGGGUUUGGAUGGUCUAGGGGUUCUAGCAGAGAACAUGGAAUUCUUGUAAGAUGUUUUCACUCCCUUAAGGUUGUAUAUACGGAAGGUUGGCCUGAUUAAAGGGCUAUGCCAAUAAAAUAGUCUGUUUUUUUUUUUGCUCA